AUGUCUGACUCUGGUUCGAAUUCGAUAUCCUUCAGUUCUGAUUCAGGUUCAGACUCGGCAGAUGAAGGCACCCAAUGUCAGCCUGUGGCUCCACCGAGCAGUGGCGCCUCUAUUGAACACUACCAACAGUAUAUCAAAUAUCUCCAGCUUCAACAAGGGCAGCUCCAGCAGCGGAAUGCAUCUCUGAAUGAGAGCAAUGGCAUUCUGGCUGCACAACAGCUGAAACGUUCUCGUAAACGCCCUCAAACAUUGUCGUCUAGGGUAUCGUCAAUGUCGCAAACAGCAUCUGCGAUACUGUCCGCAUCAGAAUCUGCUGUCUCAGCUCCUGCCUCAUCGACGACGAAUGAUGUUGACAAGCUCAUUUUAAGCCUGGCGAAAAAAUAUGCAUUAACUACCGAGAUGUUUCUCCCUGACAAGGUUAUUUUUCAAACAGACUGUCCUGAUCCUGCAGUCGACUUCUCGAAUCCAAAUCGUUAUGCGAAGAAGUCUACAGCAAAGGAUGCACUCGUUGCUGAACUCUAUGCGUCCAUUGACCACACGUUGCACGCUCAGAUGCGAACAAAUGCAUUCUUCAACCAGUUCGGGAGCGGAAUGCAGCAAGCUCGCUCAUCAUUUCUAAACAGCCUGCGUACUGUUGCAGGCGGCAUCUUCAACAUGCCCAAUGAAUUUUUCAUUUCGAAAUACGACCGAACUUCCCUCUCACAGGUCACAGACUUGAUCGGAUGGGAAGCAGGCAAAGGCAAGGCCUAUGAUAUCUUCAAGGCGCCCAUACUUUACCCCGAUCAUAUCGUGAAUGAGAAGAAAAUCUUCAGGAACUGGAUAGUCAUCGCAAAGGUUGCGGUAUGCGGAAAGAUGUCAUUGUAUUCCAAAGCACGUGGCGGACCACCUUCCUACGCUAAGAUGUGGAAGCUCACAAGCUGCACUCCUGGCCUGAUCGCAUUUAGCGUCACAUCGACCAGGAAUUCUCGGACAGUCAAGAAAUUCUUCGUUGUUAAGUGGAACCACCAGCGCAUCAAAUCGGUCGUCGAGCAAAUCAAUGGAUACGUCUUUGAUGGUACCGUCAAGACGCAGCCAUCCAAUGACACUCAGUGCACCAUGGAGCAAGUCACUGAAUCACUUGAUCGUGUUAUGGCCGCGCUGGACGCCAGUGAUUCAGACUCAAACGAUGAUUCAGACUCAUUGGAAUAUGUUAACUUGCCGGUACAGGCAGCUAACAUCCAUCCGACUGUAACUGCAGCUGCAGCUGCAACCAUUUCAACCUUGCAACCUAAGACAGCCGUUGACGCUCCCCAACUCGAAGCCGCAGUCCGCAACCAAAGCCGCAGUCCCGCAACCCAAAGCCGCAGUCCCGCACCUACAACCUUCCAUUUCAACUCCGUGUUUUUCAACUCCUAUGGCACCAUGUGUAGAGACUUUGGUGGAUGCCCAGGGUCAGAGCGAGGACGUAUCACAGCUAUUGGGCUUGUUACUAUUGCCAAACCUCAGGCAAAGGCAUCCAGGGGCAGGAGGAAGCCCAAGAGUCAGACAUUGGCCAGUGAUUCUACCACUAUUCGCCGCUCCUCACGUCACGCUGUAGCAUGA